AUGGUUGCCUUUCACUGGGUGUUUUUCUUGGGCGUAGCCUUAGUUUUGGGUUUGCACUUAACACACAGUUUUCUGGUAUUUCCACGUCAGGGAUCCUUUGGUUUACUAGCUGCCGUGGCCAUUCCGCUGGAUCUGGGGCCCAAAAAUGUGUAUAUGGCCUUCAACUUUGAGUCUAACUAUGCACUGCCAUCCAAUGAUUCCUACAAUCAGUGGAUCGAUAGGUGGGAUUUGGAUGAUCAUUUCAUGGGCGUUGGAGGCAAUGUCACACCGAUCAAUGCCCGUCAUGAUAGAGGAGAGUUCCCCAAGGACGAGGACAACGAGGUGAGGCGUCGUUCGGUGGGUUCGCCACCUCCUUUCAGGCGCCACGACUUCUAUCGCAGUAUUGUGAACUUUCUAACCCACUACGGAUUCAAUGGCUCCGCUUGCCUGCUGCGAACCAUCUGCGAGGUCAGCGAAUCGCCCCUGGAUGCCCAAAACGGUUUGGUGGGCAGCCUGUUCCAGAUUCUUUUCAUGCCGACGACGAGUGCCGCGGAAGGGGAACUGCAGCACGUGGAUGGACUUUACGAGGCCUCCGAUGCGGGCACGCGUGGCCUGGGUUGCUCCGAUUACGUGGACCACUGCGAACAUAGUGCUCUGGACCUGAUAAGCGUUGUGUUCUGA